AUGCUUCGUCGUCAAGCCCGCCAACGCCGCGAGUUCCUGUACCAGAAGUCGCUCGAGCAGAAGGAGCAGCAGAUCUGGCAGCGCAAGCAGGCCGUCAAGGACCUCCUCGCAAAGGGCAAGGAGGUCCCGCGAGGGCACGGUGCGGGUGAGCGCGAGAUGCGCAUGGACGCUGCGCAGGACGAGCCGCUCACCCACAUCGACGACGAGUACGCCCAGGCCGGCAUCGACGACCCGCGUGUCCUCAUCACCACCUCGCGUGACCCGUCUUCCAAGCUGCAGCAGUUCGCCAAGGAGCUGCGCCUCUGCGUGCCCAACUCGACCCGCAUCAACCGCGGUAACUACGUCAUGACCGAGCUCGCCGACGCGUGCCGCGCCAACCAGAUGACGGACCUCAUCGUCGUGCACGAGCACCGCGGCGUGCCCGACGCCCUCAUGCUCAGCCACUUCCCGCAUGGCCCGACCGUCCUCUUCACCCUCACGGGCGUCGUCUUGCGGCACAGCCUCGGCGGCCUCCAGGGCACCACCAUUUCGGAGGCGUACCCUCACCUCAUCUUUGAGGGCUUCGGCUCCAAGCUCGGCAAGCGCGUCCAGGACGUCCUCAAGUACAUCUUCCCGGUGCCAAAAGAGGACGCCAAGCGCACCAUGACGUUCGUCAACGAGGGCGACUUUAUCUCGUUCCGGCACCACGUCUUUGUCAAGACGUCGCACAAGGAGGUCCAGCUCGCAGAGGUCGGUCCGCGGUUCGAGAUGCGGCCGUACGAGAUUCGCAACGGCACGAUCGAGCAGCAGGAGGCCGACGUCGAGUGGGUCCUGCGGCCUUACAUGCGCACGGGCCGCAAGCGCAACCAGCUCUAG